UCAUACACUCGCAUCCCUAUACGACCCGCUAGGGAGAUACAUCGAGUGCAGCAUGAAGGCCAGGGUUCUUUGGAGGGCGGUCGUGGAAGCUGUGAAAGACGACAACAUAUCGCCAUCAUUAACGUGGGAGAAUCCGGUACCCAAGGCGUUGAUACUUGA